AGAGUCAUGCUAGGCGACGCGUUGUGGUGACGCCAUCAGCCCCGCGCCGACCGAAUCCUGUCGCGGAAGUGCGACUGGCGGCAGCUUUUUAGCUGAGGGGUGGUGUACUGCCGGCAGCAUGUUACCUGCUAUGAAAACCGUGGAGGCGGAAGAAGAGUACGCGGAGGAUUGUCCCGAAUUGGUCCCCAUUGAGACCAAGCACCAAGAAAAAGAAGAAAAUCUUGACUUCAUCAUUAAGAUUCCAGUCACAAUUGUCACCGGGUAUUUAGGUGCUGGAAAGACAACACUUCUGAAUUACAUUCUGACAGAACAACAUAAUAGGAAAAUAGCAGUGAUCUUAAAUGAAUUUGGAGAAGGUAAUGCAGUAGAGAAAUCCUUAGCUGUCAGUCAAGGAGGAGAACUCUAUGAAGAAUGGCUGGAACUUAGAAACGGUUGCCUCUGCUGUUCGGUCAAGGACAAUGGCCUUAAAGCUAUAGAGAAUCUGAUGCAGAAGAAGGGCAAGUUUGAUUACAUACUCUUAGAGACCACUGGGCUAGCAGAUCCUGGUGCAGUGGCUUCUAUGUUUUGGGUUGAUGCUGAGUUAGGAAGUGAUAUUUAUCUUGAUGGCAUCAUAACUGUUGUAGAUUCAAAAUAUGGAUUAAAACAUUUAACUGAAGAAAAACCUGAUGGCCUUGUCAAUGAAGCUACUAGGCAAGUUGCUUUGGCAGACAUGAUUCUCAUCAAUAAAACAGACUUGGUUUCAGAAGAGGAGCUAAACAAAUUGAGAACAACUAUCAGAUCAAUAAAUGGACUGGGAAAAGUUUUAGAAACUCAAAGAUCAAGAACUCAUCUCUCAAAUAUAUUAGAUCUUCAUGCCUAUGACACUCUCUCUGGUAUAAGUUUGCAGAAAAAACUCCAGCAUGUGUCAACGGCACCCCACCUUGAUCAGAGCAUUGUUACAGUCACAUUUGACGUACCAGGAAGUGCAGAGGAAGAGAGUCUAAAUGUAUUUAUCCAGAAUCUCCUGUGGGAAAAGAAUGUGAAGAACAAGGACGGCCGCUGCAUGGAGGUCAUCCGGCUGAAGGGCCUGGUGUCUAUCAAAGACAAACCACAGCAAAUGAUUGUGCAAGGCAUCCAUGAGCUGUACGAGCUGGAAGAGAGCCGAGUGAACUGGAAGGACGAUGCCGAGAGAGCCUGCCAGCUGGUCUUUAUUGGUAAAAAUUUAGAUAAGGAUAUUCUUCAACAACUCUUCAUCACUGCUGUGGCAGAGACAAAAGAACAAACGACAGCACCAGGCCAAGAUGGAGCCUGUCCGCCGCACUAGAGGCGGUUUCUUACCAAAAGCACUGACAAGAAAGCAAACAUCAGUUCCCUACCAGAUGUAUCUAAAUCCUGGAUUCUUUACCUCUGUUAUGAAUUGGGAGUGUACUUUAUGAUGGUGUUUAUUUUAUAAAAACACAUAAAAUUUUAGUAAAUUAUUAUAAAAACAUCUGAUAUUCAUAAAAUAUAUCAUCUGGAGUUUUUUUGAGGCAAGUAUUUCACAAGAAUUCCAGAAUUUUCUUGGAUGUUUCAGUAUGACUGCUGACAACUUGUCCAUCAUUAUUUGUAAAAGUGAUGUCAAACUUUAACAUUUUCAUUUUCUCUUAAAAACUUCAGAUAAUUGCUGAGAUACAAUGAUUGUAUUGAUAGUAUCAAAAAUUGCUGUCUUGUAUUUAAAAAAGGUUUAAACUUUAUUUUUAUGUUAUGUGUAUGGGUAUUUCAUCUGCAUGUAUGUCUGUGUAUGUUAUGUGUGUGGGUAUUUCGUCUGCAUGUAUGUCUGUGUGUGUUAUGUGUAUGGGUAUUUCAUCUGCAUGUAUGUCUGUAUAUGUUAUGUGUGUGGGUAUUUCGUCUGCAUGUAUGUCUGUGUAUUCUGCACAUUCAGUGUCUUAGGCGUCCAGAAGAAGGCACUGGAUCCCCUGGAGCUGAAGUCACAGACGGUUGUAAGUCUCCACAUGGGUGCUGGGAAUUAAACCCAGGUCAUCUGGAAGAGCAGCCAGCACUCUUAACUACUGAGCCAUCUCUUCAACUCUGUCGCUGUGUUUUUAAUAAAAUGAGUUUUUAAUGUUCCUAAAGACUUAAAGAGUCAAAGAAAUUAAACCAUCUCUUACAUCAGUGAUAGUGUAAUGGUACUUUGUCUCUCUUUCUGUAUUAUACUUAGAAGAUUAUAAUUGUUGAACUUUAAACUUUAGUUUUAUUGCUGGCAUUAAAUUCAUCUUGCCUAUUUUGAA